GGCCGGCGGCCCGCGGGCGGGCCGCCCUCCGGCAGGAGCCCACCUCCCUCUUAAGGCGGCGGCGGGAAGAUGAAGCUCCGCGAGCAGCUCCUGAACGGCGGCGCCGCGAUGCCCGGCGCCUCCCUGCAGCGGGCCUGCCGCCUGCUCGUGGCCGUGUGCGCGCUGCACCUCGGCGUCACGCUCGUCUACUACCUGGCGGGCAGCGACCUGCGCCGCCUGCCGCAGCUCGUGGGGGUGCGCGCCCCCCUGCACGCCGAGGACACCCGCGUGCGAGCCGCCGCGCCGCCGCCGCCUCCGGGCGUCGCCUCCGAGCCGCGCCCGCCGGGGCAGCCCAGCCGCGGGCCCGCCGGCCACUUGUCCGCCCGGCCCGCGGCGUCCUCCUCCGCCGCCGCCGCCGCCGCCGCCGCCUCGGCGCGCUCGCCGCUGCCCUCCUGCCCGGCGGAGUCCCCGCUGCUCGUUGGCCCCAUGCCCAUCGAUUUUAAUAUCAAAGUGGACUUGACGCUGGUGGCAAAGCAGAACCCCAAUGUUAAGAUAGGCGGCCGCUACCGCCCCAGCGACUGUGUCUCACCUCACAAGGUGGCCAUCAUCAUCCCUUACCGUAACCGCUAUGAGCACCUCAAAUACUGGCUCUAUUACCUGCACCCCAUCCUGCAGCGCCAGCAGCUGGACUACGGCAUCUACGUCAUCAACCAGGCUGGAGAGAUCAUGUUCAACCGGGCUAAGCUCCUCAAUAUUGGCUUCCUGGAGGCUCUGAAGGACUAUGACUACAACUGUUUUGUAUUUAGUGAUGUGGAUCUUAUUCCCAUGGAUGACCGCAAUACCUACAGAUGUUUUGCGCAGCCCCGGCACAUUUCUGUUGCUAUGGACAAGUUUGGAUACAGCCUACCUUACCUCCAGUAUUUUGGAGGAGUCUCUGCUCUCAGUAAACAGCAAUUUCUCACCAUCAAUGGAUUUCCAAAUAAUUACUGGGGCUGGGGAGGUGAAGACGAUGACAUUUUUAACAGGUUAGUUUUUAGAGGCAUGACAAUAUCCCGCCCCAAUGCCAUGGUUGGAAAGUGUCGGAUGAUCCGCCAUUCAAGAGACAAGAAAAAUGAACCCAAUCCUCAGAGGUUUGAUCGCAUUGCACACACAAAAGAGACGAUGUUGUCAGAUGGUUUGAACUCACUCAUCUACCAUGUGGUGGACACAAAAAGAUUGCCUUUGUACACCGAAAUCACAGUGGACAUCGGGGCACCGAGCUAGCAUUAUGGUGCCCCAACAAGCAAGCUGAAGAGGCCAGGACUCUGCUGCAAUCUGCCAAUCCACUGGGCUGGUCCCUCUCUCAUCAGCGAUAGGCCUUCACUUACCAUUUGGUUGCCUUUCCAGGCAGCCAGAGUGAGACAGUUUAUCCCCACGUUGGCUCAGCACAUGACUUGUCAGCGUGACCGGGUGGUUGCGCAUGUAGUGACUGUCAGCCCUCGGGAAUUCUCAGCAUGAUUGUGGCAUCAUCCCAAAGAGAGCUGGACAGGGUCCGGCAUCUGGAGACCAUGGGGCUCAUUCCCUGGGAUCAACUGCUAAUGUGUUGCGAAAUAAGUAAGAAUUUUGCUUUAAAUCAUGGUAUUCUUAUGACUUUACGAAACUUUCGAGAGUGCUGCUGAAAUGAAAAUGAUGGGAUUUUUGGUCAGCAUGUUUCAAGGAAAAACACAGUCCCCACUGUUGACAUUUUCUUCCCAGCUCACACCCUGUCAGUGUAUUCAGCUGUUACAAUCACUCUGUGUGUGUAUGUAUGUGUGUGUGUGUGU